AUGAUCUCUCAACCGAGGAAAAAGGCAUUCUCUAGGCGAUCAAGAACCGGGUGCCGAACUUGUCGAAUCAGACGCGUUAAAUGCGAUGAGACGCCUGGAGCGUGCCGCAAUUGUACUUCAGCAGGAUGGAAAUGUGAAGGAUACGAUGUCGUCCGACUUUUGCUGGCCGGCAAAAGUGACCAGAGACCGGAUCAGUCUCUAACACUCUACCGGCCCGCGUACAAUUGCCCUGGGGAAAGUCCAGAGGAACGAAGAGCAUUCGCAUAUUUCCAAACUGCUACCGUGCCCAAUAUGAACGGCUUCUUUGACUCGUGCUUAUGGAAGGAUCUGAUUCUUCCUAUGAGCCAUUCCGAACGAGCGGUCAUUCAUGCCGUCGUUGCACUCGCUACUUUGCAUGAAGACCUUCAAUUGCGAGGGGCCCCUCUAUCACGCGAAAAUUUGGCAAACCGUCGUCAGAAGUUUGCAAUCGGUCAAUAUGGUCGAUCCUUAGCUGCACUGAAUGAGCGGCGGUAUUCGCAAGAUCCAAAACUACGUGAUAUUAUUCUUACUUGCUGCUUGUUAUUUGUAGUAAUCAAUGUACUUCGCGGUCAAUAUGAUCCGGCGCUAUUACAUCUCAAAAACGGACUUGCGAUCGUUGAGGAAGAGCGCCGGUACUUUCAUGAAGGAUCCGGAGUCGUGCGUACUGCUGCUGAAAAGACACUUCUGGCGAUUAUAACCCGCUUGGAAACACAGUCUGUUUUCUUCGGUCCCCCUCCUGGAACAGAAUCCGCUUUGAGCUUCCUGCAUGAUAGAUUGGACGGGACUCUUUUCAAAACCGUUCAAGAAGUACAGGUGGUCUCGGACAGAAUCCUAGCCAGCAGCGUCCGCUUCUUCGCUGCUGUUUCCCGCUUCCCAGUCAAAGACCGCGUAGCUCAAUUACACCCUGGGCUAUCAGAUGCACAAAGCAAACUAAUUGCUCAAUACCGCGAGUUUAGGCAGCAGCUUGACAUGUCCAUGACUCAAUGCCUUCAUCCGACAUCUUUGAAAGAACAGCGAGGACUUGAUUUAAUCAUCUUGCAUCACAUCAGCUUUUCGAUACUAGUGGAGACUCUACUUUGCGGCGAGGAUCAGUCUAUCUACGAUGACUAUUCGAGCAACUUCCAGCAAAUGCUGUUCCUGUCAAACAAAAUCUCCCAAAGUUUCAAGGACGAGAGCAAUUCAAGCACUAGACCCACCUUACUCCUGGAUAUGGGCAUCAUUCCAUCACUGUUUUUCAUAUGCUGGAAAUGCAGGGACUUUGAUCUAAAGCAUCAGGCUCUCAAUGUGCUUGAAGAAUGGUCUCACCGAGAAGGCAUUUGGGAUUCUCGUCUAUUCUCUAUAUUCGCACGGCAAGUUAUUCAACUUGAAAAGGAGGCCAUGGCUGCAUCGAGUAAUCCGGGGUCUUGGUCAAAUAUACCACAGGACCAUUCCUUGGAGGUAUCACAAGAUCAAUCACACGUGAUACUCAGAUACCAGACACAUGAGCCAGGGAAAGGAGUGUUGAAACAGGAAAGAAUUAUCCCUCUUGAUGAAGACGAAUAA